UAUCUAUGAACUUUACUGCUUCCACAGGAGGAAUCCUCCAGAAGCAAAGUGAUGGAACUUAUCCAAGAAGCUGAUAGAUCUAAAUGGAUGGUGCACAGUAAUCAUAGCAUAAGAUGUUUUACACAAGGUGACAUAGAAAGAAUGAGCAACAACUAUAGAACUAGUCUCGGAAGAGGUGCCUUCGGAGAAGUAUAUGAAGGUGUUCUUGAGGAUGGAAGCAUGGUUGCAGUGAAAAGGUUGAUAGGCAGUGUGAAAGAACAGUUUGCUAAAGAGCUUAUCAUUCAUCGUGAAAUCAACCACAAGAAUGUUGUGAGGCUCAUUGGUUACUGUGUAGAGGAAAAUGUCCUUGUGCUGGUCAUGGAGUAUAUUGCUAAUGGAAAUCUGAAUGAUGUUCUUCACGAUGACAGCCGUCCUAUCCCAUUGGAUAUAAGACUUAGAAUCGCCAUUGAGUGUGCGGAAGCUUUGGCAUACAUGCAUUCUCACAUGUAUACUCAGGUUAUCCACGGUGACAUCAAGCCUGGUAACAUACUCUUAGAUAGCAACUUUCAUGCAAAAUUGUCAGACUUUGGAAUAUCAAGAGUGGUCAACACAGACAAAACAUUGUACACAAAUAAUGUAAUUGGGAGCAUAGGUUACAUGGACCCUUUGUUUUCUUUGGAUGGUCGUCUUACUGUUAAGUAUGAUGUUUAUAGCUUUGGAGCUGUCCUUGUUGAACUGAUCACUAGGAAAAAGGCAGUAGUUGAGAACGUCAACAAUGUUUACGCAUUUAGUAAUGCUCUUACAAGGGGGGUCAGAGGUGUGAGAGAGAUGUUAGAUGUUGACAUUGCAAGAAAGAAUAACAUGAAGGUUCUUGAAGGAGUCGCAAAGCUAGCAGGUGAAUGCCUAAGGAUGGACAGGGACAAACGUCCUGGGAUGAUUGUUGUGGCGGAACGUCUUCGGGUGCUACAGAAAUCUUCAUAUCAGGAUCAGGGACGGCAGCGAGUAGAUCUGUUCUCUUGGGCAUGGAAGAGCAUUCCAGCACCUGCAGCUUUAGUGAACAUCCAGGCUAAUAUUCUGCCGUCAGACAUGUGCCGCCAGUUCUCUUUUGCAGAGAUGAAGUCUGCAACAAACAAUUUUGAUAAUUCACUCCUUGUUGGCAAGGGUGGAUCUGGUAGAGUUUACUGUGGCCAGAUUAAUGGACGAAAAACCAAUGUGGCUAUCAAGUGUAUGUACACCGACACCGUAGUUAAUGAAUUUUAUACUGAGAUUGAGAUGAUGUCAAAGCACCGACACCGUAAUCUAGUGCCACUGAUUGGUUACUGCAUUGAAGAGGAUGCGAUGAUACUGGUCUACGACUACAUGGCUAGCGGAAGUCUGCAUGGCCACCUCCAUGGGGAGCAGAAGCUGCCACUUUCCUGGAAGCAGCGCAUAGAGAUCUGCAUUGGUGCAGGUCAUGGUCUGCGCUACCUUCACGAACAACAGAUCAUUUAUCUUAACCUGAAGAUGAAAAAUAUCCUGCUGGAUGAGGAAUGGGUUGCCAAGAUUACCGAUCUUUCUCUUUCCCGGACUGGGACAUCAGUCAAGACACGUGUAGCUGGAACUCAUGGCUACAUCGAUCCUGAGUACCUUAUAACCGGUAGGCCUACUGAGAAAUCAGACGUCUAUUCAUUUGGGGUUGUGUUAUUGGAGACCCUCUCUGCUCAGCGUCCUUAUUAUUCAAUUCGUCAAGAUGAACAAGGGCAUAGCUUGUCAAGUUGGACAUUGCGAUGCAAGGAGGAGGGGAAUCUUGAUCAGAUUGUUGACCCUUGCCUGAUGGGAAUAAUUAAUCUGUGGUCUCUUAACAAGUUCGUCGAAAUUGCUCUCAAAUGUGUUGCUCUUAAAGGCAUUGAUCGUCCGUCGAUGGGAGAUGUGAUUUCAGACCUGGAGCACGCCCUUCAGUGGCAGGAGAGUGCAGAUGCAAGCGAAUCCUCAAUUUUGCCAUCACGUCUGUGCCGCCAGUUCUGGUUUGCAGAAAUGGAGGCCGUGACAAACUACUUUGAUAAGUCACUCCUUAUUGAUAGUGGUUCAUUUGAUCGAGUUUACCAUAGCCAGAUUGAUGGGGUGGCAAUAACCUUGGUGGAUGUUACACAUGUGUACAGUGUAUGUGCCUUCCAUGGCCUGAUAGAGAUUACAUCGAAGCUUGUCCAUGAUCAUCUUGUGCCACUGAUUGGUUAUUGCGAUGAGCAGGAGAUGAUGCUCCUGGUCUAUGAGUACGUGGCUGGUGGAAAUCUAAGUGAGCACCUUUAUGGGACCAGGAAACCACCCCUUAACUGGAUUCAGCGCAUGGAGAUCUGCGUUGGUGUUGCUCGUGGCCUGUGCUACCUUCACGGAUGGCAGCUCACCCACGGGGCAGUGAGGACAUCAAACAUCCUACUGGAUGAGGAAUGUCUUGCUAAGAUUACCAAUCUAGCACUGCCGCCCAAUCUUUUGGAUAACCAGGCAUCCAAAGUCCAUGAAACUGAUGGUUACAUCGAUCCAGAAUACUUGCACACCGGUGUGCAUACUGAGAAAUCAGAUGUCUAUUGUUUUGGCCUUGUGCUACUCGAAGUCCUCUUUGGUCGCCCUGUUAUCAAGCACCAACGUCUUGAGGAACAAAUUGCGUGGUUGUUAAUCCGAGGAGUUCAACAGCAGACAUUGGACUACCUUGAUCAGAAUGUUGACCCAUUCCUAAGGGGAAAAAUUAAUCCACAGUUUCUGAAGAAAUUUUUCCGUACUGCCGCUAAGUGCCUUGCUGAGAAAGGCAUUCACCGCCCAUCGAUGCGAGAUGUAAUGUCAGACCUGCAGUAUGCCCAUUUCUCCCUUAAGUUGGGUUGGAUCACAGAUGAUAGCGGUUGCAUGUCAGACGAUGCCAUGGAUGAGGGGAGGUGAUUGUGGAUUCUGAACUCUGAUGACCAGGCAUAGCAUGAUUCCACGAGUUUGUUCUGUUAUUACUCUCCCUUGUUUGCGAUAUAGUAGUAGAUUUAGUUGUCCUGUAUCCUGUCUUGCUUAUUGUCUCCAACUCUGUU